AUGGAAUUCUCAAUAAUGAAGGUGUGCAGCAUCACAGGAUUAUUUGUAUAUUUUUUUAUAGGUAAAUAAUGUUUUAUGUGGGUUUGGCCGGAUAAAAUUGAAGAAAAACAAUGUUUCUUUGUUGUAUCAUUAUACUUAGCUCAUUUGAUCACAUACACAAUUGUGAAUGCAUUUUACUUUGCUUGCUAUUAGAGCAAGAGCAAAUAUAUAAGCCAAGCCAAAAUUGAAUAAAAACCAUGGCCUUGGGAUGGAAAAGAAUCCAAGGUUUGGCAAGAGAUGAAACGUCUAUUUUGGAAGAAUGUGCUCAUCAAUCAAUUUAUCAUGGUUGGAGUGGCAUAUGCAGCUAGUUGUAUCAAAUUAGACACUCGAUUCGAUCAAAGCUUUCCAACAGUAUUCGAAAUAAGUUGGCAAAUAAUGGUGUUUGGUAUAAUAGAAGAUGUAUUGUUUUAUUUCAGUCACCGAUUACUGCAUACUCCAUACUUCUAUGGAAAAGUGCAUAAAGUACAUCAUAUUUAUAAUAUAACAGUAUCUUGGUCAGCAGAAUUCGCUCAUCCUUUAGAAUACAUUCUAGGCAAUUUAAUUCCAGUGAUCUCUGGUCCAAUUUUGUUAGGAUCUUAGACUCAUAUGAUAACAGUCCUUGUAUUUGUUGGAUUGGCUACUCACAAAACGCUAUCGGAUCAUUCAGGGUUCAAUUUUGAGUGGGAUGUGUACCAAUAUUUACCUUUAACAACCCAUUCUGAAUUCCAUUCGAAACAUCAUAGUUUGAAUACUGGAAAUUACUCAUCAACAUUCACCUAUUUAGAUGAUCUUUUAGGAACAACAAUUAAGAAAUGA